AUGGCCGUCGAGCUGGAGGCGUGCGUUUGACGGAUCGUGUCAGAAAAACGGUCGGCUCCCAUUUUGGCGUCGUUUCCGGCAUAUUUCUGUUUUUCCUCUUUUGGAAGGCGUUUUUGGAACGGACAAAACAUCUUCAAAUGAAAAAAGCUGACUUUAAACCGAAAAUUCUACCCACUAACGACCCUUUUCAUCAUGACGCAAACCAAACUUCGUUUUGGAGUACGAAAAUAUUUUUUGCACUCUUUUUAUUAAAAUCAACGAUUUCAAAUUUCAGGUUCUUGGAGAAUUCGUAAAUGGUAUGGCGAGAUUAAUUCAAAUUUGGGAAUCGAAAUAGCCUAAAACCUGCUUCUCACAUCCAUUAUUUCGAAUUUUUUGUUGCUUUUUCCUCCAUCUCAUUUCCUUUUAACAAGGCUAACGAAACCUAUUUCAAUGCUUUUGGUGGCAAUGACGUUUUAUUAACCUUUGAGAUAUUCCUUGCUACGCCUACACUUUUCUAAAAUUUUUUGUUUUAAAAGAUUGCAAAGUUGAAAAUAUCUGAAAAACUUCAUAUUUUCGCUUGUCAGCUUACGUGCGUGACAGCGAAAAAUCUAAUAGGUACUUUUCAAGGGUUUAAUUAGAUGCUAUAAAGUGACUGAACAUUCGUUCACAGGCAAUUUUCCACUUUUUAGCAGAGCUAAGAACUUUUAGACUUCCUGGAAUUCCGAAAUCGAACACCGUAUUAAUGAUGAAGUUAUUCACGCUUUGUAGUUCUUCACACAGCAGCCAUUGUGCUGUUUCUCCCAUUGUUUGAAACCUUUUUUGGUCGGCACGUGCCGGAAUCAAACUUGCGGGAGGCGGAAAGACGAACUCCGUCGAACCAUUUGAGGCCCGCUUCGAGGUCUGCUUGCAAGUCUCCCCAUCAUUCCCUUUUUGAGCGCUUCUGUAGCCCAUAAUAAAGUUUUAUUUAAACCCUCAAAGAAUUUUGUAGAAAAAAGAAGCAAGUUCUUCUGGCAUGCUCGACCGCCUCUAUCGGUGCACUUGAAAGGGGUCCUCCGAUGUCAAGGGCUCUUCUUCUUUAUUUGAUCAUGUCCGCAUGUUUUCAGAAAUGUUUAAACUGAGAAAAAAAGAAAUUUAUUUUAACGAAUUAAUCAUUUGAACUGAGAUUUACACAGAACUCCGAAAAAUAGUGCUCGAACGCUUGGUCGACUUGUUUUUGUAGCUCGAGGGUACAAUUCUCUCCUUCGAAGUCUCUUUUUUUUCCUUCUUGACCUCAGAAAGUACUCUCCAGACGUUUAUCGUAUUGCUUUCGUUUUCUUCGUUUAGUUAUUAUUGGAGUCUUUCAGAGAUGAAGGCGAUGGACUGCAACGACACGGAGCUUUCGACAUAAACAACAAUCGGACGAUUUGGGCGCUAGAGAAACUUUUCUCCUUCCAGAUGUAGGCUCGAAAUUUCGCGGGGAAAGAAAGGGAAAAAGGGGACUUGAAGGUGGUACACGGACGUGCAUCGAUACGUGGCGCUGACGCUGUGCGUAGUGGGUCUGAUGGCGAAUGUGGUGCACGUUUUGGUGUUGACGAGGCCGCGGAUGCGACAGUCCUCCGUCCACACCGUCCUCAUCUUCAUCUCUCUUUCCGACAUGGGCACUAUGACCUCCUACUCGGUCAGCUUGAUACUUCUGCUUACGAAUCUAUUUUGGUUUUCUUGGCUAAUUCAAGUCAAAGGGCAAAGGUUAAUAAUUUUCAAAACCCGUUAUCUCAGAUGAAAAAGGUUCCCAUCUCACAAAGCCUUCCUUUUACCUGCCUAUUCCAGAUCUACUUACUACGCUUCGAGUUUUUCAAAGCCCUCAACGGCUAUUCCUACUACUGGAUUGUAUUUUUAAAGGUCCGUUCUUUUUCUCCUGUUGAAUUCUCUCUUUUGAUCGGAAAUCUUCAGUUCCACGCCGCUCUGACGAUAUAUUUCCACGCGACCACGUUGUACCUCGUCGUCUUGAUGGCCGUCAUCCGCUACACGGCCCUCAACGUUUCUUCCGCUCAGCUUUUCAAUAAUCGACGGACUUAGUGAGAUUUCUAAAUUCUAAACUAAAUUCUAUAAAAUCAUUCAUUUUACUGAAACAACCGAAAGAUGGAUAAGAUACCAGAGGUGGAGGAUUGGGAAGGCAGCCCUUGGCUUGGCGGCCAAGGGCAGCCAUUGGGCCAAGCGAUAGAAAUGAUUCAUUGACUUACUAAUGAAAAAGUCAUUUUUGCUUUUGGGCGCUUAUGGCUUGGCAGGCAGGGCGGCCAGUGGGCAGCCACCUUCCACCUCUGUAAGAUACGAUAAAAUGGCAUACGUCGGUUUUGAAAUGUAAACGUUUAAAAACGCUUAGGGGCGCCAUUUCUCCACCUCUCCGAUAAUUAUUGAAUAAGAAGUUAAUUUGAGCGUUGCUGCCGGUGUGAUCGCCACAUUUGUGCUGCUGAUGUGUCUUCCGACUUUUUUGGCUCAUGGAAUUUCCCCAAUCAGCUCAGAGUUCAACAGCUACUGGAACAAGUAAGAUUGUAUGUCUAACUAAAGUUGAGUCACAAUAAUGUAAACAUAAUGACAUUUUUUGAAAUGUCAAAAAUUUUUCAAUUUUUCUCUAUAAUUACUUCAAAGUUGCGAUUUUACUUAAGCCAGAGUUGAGAUUAAUUUUUGAAAUCAAAAACAUACGGUCAAUCUGAUCAAUUUUCCUUUCAAGAACUUUCUGAGUGAUGUCGUGUCUUCAAAUAUUCAAGAAAUGAAAAGGAAAUGUUUUUUUAAUACCUGGUCAAAUGCUCAAAAAAGGGUUUCCCGAGUUUUACGAUUUUUGGCUACUCUGAAGACCCAAAAUAGUUUCUGAGUGAUUUAUAAAAAGCCAAAUGUCGAAAAUUAAUUCGGAAAAUUAUGGGUGACCUACCACAUCUGGAAAAUGGACUCAUUUGCACAUGCUUCCUCCCAGUUCUAUCUGACUCUUUUUCAGUGGCGUGACAGUCUACAUCCUUGAGUUUUCCGACAUGAUGAUGACGAACAAUUGCAAGUUGAUGAAGGGAAACCUUUGGCUCACUGGCGUUUUUCUCAAGGCAAGACGCUCUCUGAUAUUCUUUCUCAGUCAUUCUUUGCAGGCGGUACCCGGAUUCCUUCUUCUCGUUUUCACGAUGGCACUCAUCCACAGACUGAACGAGAACAAGGAGAAGCGGAAGGCGUUGAUCAAAGAAGAACGUCGAAAGCGUCGAGGCGACUUCACGAACAUGAUGUCAGUCUUUUUGUUUUUUUCCGAUUGAAGUUUCAUCUGGGAACUUUAGGCUGCUGCUCAUGGUGAGCAUCUUCCUGGUCACUGAGCUGCCGCAGGGCGUCAUGGCCAUUUUGAACGGUGAGUUUUUGUUCGUUUUGGGGUGAAGAUGAGAUGGCUAGUAUCACGUUACAUCAUAAAGGGGUUUUAAGCUCAAUGUUUUUAGAAAAGUUUGAACUCCAGUUCAUUAUGAGAGAGCUUAUUCAACUUCGUAAACUGUAUAAUGAUUUCAGAAUCUCUCAAAAAUUAAAGUUUUUACAAGUAUCGACUAUGAUAGCCGGACCUUCAAAACAGAGUUGAAAAUUUCCCAGAAAAUUCCAAAAUUCAGUGUUUUUUUUCGAAAGUUUGAAACUUCUAAAGGACGGUCACACAGCCACAGUACCUGUAACUCAACAAAUCUCCAAAAAAGAAGAUGAUUUGGCAGCCAUGUUCACGACGCAGUUCCACCGAAUGGUCUACCUGCCGCUGGCCGACAUCCUCGACCUGUUGUCAGUCAUCAACUGCUACGUCGCCUUCGUAGUCUACUGCAUCACGUCUUCACGUUACCGACAGACCUUGUUAUCUCUGAUGUCUUUUUCGAGGUACCUAGGCCUAGUUGGUGAAAACAGCUCGUGUUCAGCCGUCCGCCUUUCUCGGGUCUGUCGACACGACAAGGCACAAUCCGGCAGAGUCCAGCCUACGACUCUAUGAAGCCUUCCGCGGUCCAGAUGAUGGCCGUGCCCAAGGAGCACGUCGCCGAGCAGCGCAAGAACGGCUCCAACUCGCCCGUCGUCACUAGCAGAGUGGGAUCGCCUCACAACUUGCUAUAG